ACGUACGCGUUAAUUACAUUUGCUAAAGAAACAGAAAGUAGUGUGUUCAAGACUGCAGUUGGGUGGGCAGUAGCAGCAGAGUGUGUGCUGGGUGCAGGCCUAAGCGGGGACAGUCUGUCCGCCGCACAGAUCGCCUCUGUUUGGACGAGGGUCGCUAACAGCGGAGGCACAACGGCACACGAACCCGCUCAGUCCAAAACAGCUCUGACCACGGAAUUAAAUAGGGCUCUAAAAUGUAUCGGUUCGCCUAGGCGCUGGAUUUAAAACAUGUCGAUGACAGGCGGUUCUGUGGUUAUAGCGGCCGCUCUCUUCUUUCUGCCCUUAUAGCGCGUUAGCUAGCUGAACAGCCAGGUAAAUGGCCGGCUAGCUAACCUGCUGCUGCUAACCACCGGUUUUCUCGCUAACCGGUCGUGCUUUGCCGUUUUUGUUUGCCAACGAGUCGGAAAAAUAAGGUUACAGUUAAACUGACAUGUGAACAGCCCGGUCUUUGGUUACUUUAAAGUGUCUGCUGUUCCGCUCGAUCCGCCGGUUUGCUCUGUGACUGACUCGCUCGCUGGAGUUAACAGGCUAGCCGGGCUUAGCUAGCCGUCCGCCUCGCUCUGCGGCUCGCGCAGGCUAUAAAUACACAUCUUUGUUUCCUCCCGUCCAAAAGUGGCGAGCUCAUCUGAGGAGCCUGCCUUCAUCCACUCUUGGCAAUAAUCCUUGGACCUCGUCGUCGUGCAGGGCCGUCAAAGUAAAAGCUGGGACAUACUGAACUCCGGGGUGACGGUGUCAGAACUUCGAGCCAAACUUGGGGGUCCCCCGUUAAACUAGCCUAAACCGGACACCUAUUUUAACCGAAGAUAGAAAAAGGCAGGUGGACAUGUGAGUUCAGCCUAGAUCUUAACGGUUACUAGUCCCUAUUUUCAUGGGAAAUCACCGUUUCGUUUCGGAGAAAAGGUACAAACUCAAUCAGGAAAGCACCUAACUUGCUAGCUAGCUAACUAACUGGCGUCGCUAAAAGAAACUGGCAGCCAAGUCUGAGGACGCAGUAGCACCAAGGCACCAUGUCCGAAGACAACAAUGCAGACAAGUUUAUCAAGGAGAGUUCCAUCUUGGAAGAGUACAAUAUCAACUGGACACAGAAGCUGGGUGCUGGAAUCAGUGGACCUGUAAGGGUCUGUGUGAAAAAGUCAACGCAAGAAAGGUUUGCCCUGAAGAUCUUGAUCGACAGACCCAAAGCGCGCAAUGAGGUGAGACUUCAUAUGAUGUGUGCUGCUCACCCCAACAUUGUGCAGAUUUUGGAGGUUUACGCUAACAGUGUGCAGUUUCCCCAUGAAUCCAGUCCAAGAGCAAGGUUAUUAAUUGUUAUGGAGAUGAUGGAAGGAGGGGAACUGUUCCAUAGAAUCAGUCAGCACAGACACUUUACAGAGAAGAUGGCCAGCCAAGUCACUAAACAGAUUGCCCAGGCUUUGGAACACUGUCACUCACUGAAUAUUGCACAUCGAGACCUGAAACCAGAGAACCUGCUGUUCAAGGACAAUUCACUGGAUGCUCCUGUAAAAUUGUGCGAUUUUGGUUUUGCCAAAAUCGACCAAGGUGACCUGACAACCCCACAGUUCACUCCUUACUAUGUAGCACCUCAGGUAUUAGAGGCACAAAGGCGCCACCAGAAAGAAAAGUCUGGAAUUAUACCUACCUCACCAACCCCUUACACAUACAACAAGAGCUGUGACUUGUGGUCCUUGGGCGUGAUCAUCUAUGUGAUGCUGUGCGGCUAUCCGCCAUUUUAUUCCAAGCACCACAGCCGUACUAUCCCUAAAGACAUGCGCAAGAAAAUCAUGACGGGCAGUUUUGAUUUCCCUGAAGACGAGUGGAGCCAGAUAUCUGAGAUGGCAAAAGACAUUGUCCGCAAGCUGCUGAAAGUGAAGCCUGAAGAAAGGCUGACCAUUGAGGGUGUCCUGGCCCACCCCUGGCUUAACUGCACUGAGGCAUUGGACAAUGUGCUUCCCUCUGCCCAGAUGAUGAUGGAUAAGGCAGUUGUAGCCGGGAUCCAGCAAGCCCAUGCGGAACAGCUGGCAAACAUGAGAAUACAAGACCUUAACGUCAGCCUCAAGCCUCUCAGCUCCGUCAACAACCCUAUUCUGAGGAAAAGGAAGCUGGGGUUGCUAGGUACAAAACCUAGUGAUGGUUUCUUCAUUAAUGAUCCUGAAAAUGGUGCAGAGGACUCCAACGUUGCUCUGGAAAAACUGAGAGAUGUCAUUGCACAGUGCAUCCUCCCACAGGCUGGAGAAAAUGAGGAUGAGAAGCUGAAUGAGGUGAUGUAUGAAGCGUGGCGUUUCAACAGGGACUGCAAGCUGCUCCGUGAUGGGCUGCAAGGGUUGAGCUGGGAUGGUCGGGCUUUCUCUGAUAGAGUGGAUCGCUUGAAAUUGGCAGAGAUAGUAAAACAGGCCAUCGAAGAAAAGACAAACUUAGAAGACUCCCAAUAGCAAGUGCUGCAUUUCUAUUUCCUUUUGUACUGUUUAUUAUAAUUGUUCUUAAGCAAAUAACUGUAAAGAGUAAUUUUUAUGUAAAUUGAAGCGCAUGCUUUUUUCCCUUCUCCAUGGACACACUUGCGAGCCUGUUGUACAGCUGUAGAUAUGACCAAGAAGUUGUUGGUACGAUUACUUUUUUUCUACAGAUAGUGAAAAAAAACACAUUUAAAAAGCAUAUUUUUGUUUUGCAAGAAAAAAAUGAAAAAAAGGAAAAUAAUUCAGUUUCAGCACCAGCUGACGAGGAAGGGAGCCCUUUGAUUCAUUUGGGGGAUACAAUAUUUUUAUCUUUUUAGUUUUUACUUAUUUUUUCUUUUAACAAUGCCUGUAAGUCUAUUUAUUAAAAGAAACAAAAGAACAUAUUUGAUGGCAGAACUUCCAGAAGAAGAAAUGAACAUGCCUCUGAAGAAAAGGAUGGGGGUUGAAAGUUUGCUUGUUAUUCAUAUAGAUUUCCAUAUAGGAUUGAAAACUUAUAGUGAUUUUGUUACCCUAGAAAACGUUGCUAAAGAAUUUGAGUUAACAUCAUAAAGCUGCCUUCAGAAUUACAAUCAAAUAUAUAUCAUUUCAUAUCAGCACAUAGUUGUAAGUGGACUGUGAAGAAUAGUACAAAUUAAUAACUUCCAUCCUUUUCUAAUUUGCUCUCCUAGCUUUUAUCUUGCUAGACAGAGUGAAUGAAUUGUAAGCUGAUUUUUGUUUUUAUCAGUUAAAGAUAUUAAAUUAUAUAAAUUUAAUAAUCUGUUACCAAGUGAAGCCAUGCUGGCAUUAUUUUUCUUUUCUUUAAUCGGCUUUAUUUCAAUAGUAAAUCUCUUUAGCUGACGAAUCGAUAUUCUCAGCUGAUUGGAAAAGACAGUUGAUGAAUUAUGACUCUGCAAAACUACAGCGGUGUGUGUGUGUGUGUGCGUGCGUGUGUGUGUGUGAGAGAGCGAGAGCAGAAACAAGUAAAUGCUGCUUCCUUUUUGAUCUUUAAAGGAAGUAGUUCUUACUGACAUUGCACAGGCAGUGGUCAGCCAGCGCCUGUUUUCCCAAAUGCGUUGGCUUAAAAUCUUAAUACAGUGUUUUCAUACAGAUCAAACUUUACAGUACGCUAAGAAUGUUUACAUCUGGUUGUUUCAUGUGUCUUAAGUAUCAGGAUAAUAUCUGGAUAGAUAUUAGCCUAAUGCAUAUAAAAGUGCAAGUGUAAAUGCAUCCAGGACACAUUUAAAACAGACUUAAAAGGGAACUCCAUUGAUUUUUGAAAAACAUGUCAUAAUUAAAUGUUUUCAUAUGUAAACAAAGUCAUUGAGUGAUUUGCUGUGAGAGACUCCAUUCUAGAGAAACUUAGAAUUAUUUACAGUGGUGGCAAUAGGAGCCAGACAUCUGAAGAGUUUAAUGCCUUUGAAAUCCCCCUCACAGAAAGAUAUUACAUGAAAUGGUUAGGUAUCUCUGAUGCAUUGUUUUAUGGUGGUUUUGUAUUUUGUUUUACCUUAAAAUGUAUUUUAAUUCAUUUAUUCUAAUCCAUUUAUGGCAGAGGGGUAUGUGCAGGGCGUUGUAAGGCGACAAAGUCUCAAACACUUAUUUUCAACUUUUUCAAAUUUUUUUACUUAUUUAUUAUUUUCAGAUUUAUAACUUUUUUUACUGUCAUAAAGUAUCUAAAAAUGAAGUAUUUCACAUCAAACCACUCUGACUUUGUUUACUCCCCAAGAACUGAAUUAUUCAGAAACUGAAAAAUUGGUGGAAUUCCCCUUUAAAGCUCAUCACUCAGACCACUUCAGGAAUCUGUCUCAAUAAGCCACAUUUGGCAAUCAAAAGUCCUCUGAAUAUAGUGAUGGCACCUGCGCCUGCUGUUCUACAUAUAGGAAAGGGGCCGCCAUCUUCUUUCUUCUUCUCUUUCUUUUUUCUUUCUUUCUUCCACAGCAGCCAAUUUUUAAGAAUAAAAAAACAAGAAACAACAUAGGCAACUGGUUGUUGUAUAUGAGCUAAUUUGCAUUUUAAUCAGUGUGUAGCAAUCAUAUUCCAAUCUGACUUAAGCGGAGACACAUUUGACUACUAAGCAUGAAAACUUGUGAAGUUGCAAUCUAGAUACUAGUCACAUAAAAUAAACAGGUGUAAAUGGGGUCUUAAGUUUCUGCAGGAAUUUCAAGACGUUUCUAGUUAAGAGAGAAUUGUCAGUCAUACGGUACGGCACUGUAGAUGUAAUUAGUGGAAAUCUAAGUACCUUAAUUCAAGAUAGACAAAUAUCUUGCACCAUAAUGACAAAUAUGGGCCUAAUAUGUCAUGUAGACCAUCACUGUUGGUUAAUUUGAUAAAUGAAACCAGGACACAGAAAAACCCCAACCUGUCUAUGACAUUUGAUUGAUUUCUUCCUUCACCAUUGUGGCUUGAAGGCUUUCUGAACAUGCUGUAUAGUAGAGGGGUGCUGUAUAGUAGUGGUUCUCAAUCCUGGAGCACCCCUGCUGUGCACAUUGUGGUGUUUUCCCUGCAUCCAACAAACCUGAUUGAACUCAUCAGCUAAUCAAUAAGCUUCUUUUGAGUAAUACUUUGUGUUAGAGGUGGGGGGGGAUACUAAUCUAAAACAAAACAGCAGCGCUCCAGCCCUGUGAUUGAGAAGCACUGCUGUGCAAUUCAGCAUUUAUGGUGAUCUCUGCACUUUUGGGAAAGCAGGCCAAGAGGUACUACUUCUCACUGCUGAUUAUCACCAAGGUGAUGUCACCUAUAUGGACUGAUUGGCUCAGGGCUGCCAUAGCAACAAGUCAUCCAGUUGUAGUGAUCUUAAGAUUCAGCACUACCCCUGUCUUUUUGGGGAAAAUAUCUACUCAUUGUUUUCUACCCUAACUAACCAUCAUAAGCCACGGACUACAUAUUAAGUCGUUGCCUCCUGACUUUGAAUGCCUUCUUCCAGGUAUGGACCUAUGGGGAAUCGAAUGGUAGACAAACUAUCAUGCGUCUAAGAUUAUACAGUUUACUUAAAUCUUUAAUUACUAGUUUCACAGAAAGCUGGAAUAGCUCCCAAGAGUCCCUGCAACAGUUCAGCCUACCCUGUGUAUUCAAUGGUUGCUCGCAGCAAGACAUGACUGAAUUACAGACUUUUUAAAUGUAGCAACGCAUCUGGGGACACUUUUUCUGAAGACAAGUGGUUCUCAGCAUGUUGGACAUAACCGCUGAGCCAGCAUCAGGUUGCCUUAUGCCCAGCCCUUCUCAAAUCAUGAGAAAUCACAAAGCAAACCACAAAGGUAGAGGCUUUUUCUAGCAGCUGUCGUCUUAGCAUGGCAAUAUUUUGUUCUCUCUUUGUGAAACCGGUCAGAAAAAAAAGGGCUUGUGGCUCUACCAAGACCAACUUUUGCCUUGCUACUUAUGAGACUCAUUUGUUACCAGCGCUUCCACUUUUGUUGUUUUUAUCAUAUUGUAAUUUAUUUAAUUAAUUUUCUAUUAUUCUAUUUUACCCUUUCUGAUGUGGCACAUACGCACUUAUCAUUAUCAUUUCAUGAUGGAAGACCUGUACCUCAGACAGUAUUUUAUUUUUAAUUUUUUUUUUUUUUUAAUUUUGUCUUCUUCUCUUUGAAAUGUCCUGACCAUGCUGAAAUAUUUGUAUUAAAGGAAUUCCUUACUA